UACGGGACGACGUUGCAACCAACUGAACCACCCAGCCAGGGCUCAUUUGCUGUCUUUUAAAAUAUAAGUUGCAUUUAUUUUAAGUAAUGUUGGUAAUUUGACUUUAAGCUAUAUUUUUAAAACUCCUAUACUAUUAAAUGGCACGUCGGUGUGAUAUUUUAUAAGUGAAUCGUUUCUAAGAAACUGACAUGUGUACUCCCCUUAAUUCAAGGUAUGGUUACGUUUUUUAAAUUUGCAUAAUACGUUUCAGGCUAGCCUUCUUCCUCAGCACCAACUCUGAAACAUCACUCCUGUGGUCUGAAGUCUGCAGCUUAGUGUCAAGUGAAACAUCAUCAAAUGAGUCCGUUUUUUAGAGAAAGCUGAUUUUAUCUCCUGGUUGCAGUAAGUGAUUGUCUUUCAGAACCAAGUAUGACUCAUCAUCCAAAAAGAACAAUCAGAGCUUACUUCUAUGGUCAGUGUGUUCGAAAUUGACCAUUCUUAUCUCAUGAAAUGCUUUUAAGUGCAUUCAUUACCCUCCCCGUUUGUGCAGAUGAGGAAACGGAAGCUUAGGGAGGCCACUCCGCUGCCCAAUGACGGAGCCCAGGCUCACUGUGCUCCGCCUGCCUCUCCAACCUCGGGACUAGGGAAAGGACUGCCUGUGAGUGGGCAGAAGGAAAGUCACCCCUCCCUGACCCGCCCAAGGAGUAAUUUAUGUAUAGUUAUACUAAAUUCAUUUCUGUGGCAAAAUGUAACUGGCUGCCCAAGUAAACACGGUCACCAGGAGGACGCCGGUGCUGAAGGCGGACAGCCUGGAAGGUCCAGCGCACGGGCUGCACUGACGCCACCGCGGAGCGAGGGACUGGUCACCGAGCAGCCCCACUUCUGUUUCCGGAUGUACCCUGGGCGGGCUGUGACUGAGACUCACUCAAAAGUGAUGUGGGAAAUUCAGCUAACGGUGAGAGUUAGCCUAUUGCACGUUUGUAGAAAGAGAACAGAGAUACUUUCCCCACGUGGAUUAAAUCAGAUCAGGAUUCGUAUCAACAUGAUUGGAGCAACCAGUGGGUCACACAAGUGUACCCUCCCUGUGCCAAGGACCCACUCCAAAGACAAGCGGAAUAACAGACGCCUCCAGGCUUGGAUUAUAAGGAAUGCUGACUAUGUAUGCACUUUAAAUUGUUAUGAAAUGAAAACCAGAAAGAUGAAUUUCAGCUAAGUCAUGUUCUUGCGAAUGAAGGAGAUACG